AAUUUGUCUCAUCAAAAAAGCUAUAUCUGCCUGGCGUGCAGUUCGGAUGGGUCCUACAACUUUCCCUUCAUUGUCUCCGGUGCCCUUUGCAUCGUCAUGACCGUGUUUUUCGUCGGUUUUGCUAAAGAUAUAUAGGGUACCGGCAUGGCGAUUCCUCGGAUAAGCCCACAAAGCGCAGGGCUCUGGUCUUAUUUGUCUUGGGCUUCUGGUUUCUCGAUGAGACCGAAAACAUGCUCUAAGGCCAAUGCCGCCAGUUUUUUCCCCAAAGCUCCAGAAAAUCUUUCCUUUCACAGAAACAAAAGCCUGCAACGUCUACUGCAUGGGCCAAUCUCAAAUCCUGCUUUCCUAAUCGACGUUAUAAUCCUCGGUUUCUCGUCAUCAUCGCCAUUACCACCGUCGGCGAGAAAUGAUUCACCAGGGAUGACAUAGACAACGUCCCCAAAUGGCAAAAAUCGGCGAUCCUUUCUUCAGUGAAGUUGCGGCUGCGUUCAAGAACUUGAAGAAGCCGAUGUGGUCCGGGUUGCUCUUGAAAUGAAUGGGGUGGCAUUGAUUAUUAGUGCCAAACUUCAUCUUUCUCUCUGCUUAACUUCUUCCAUCGUAGUUGGAACUAAAACUUUUCCCUUUAAAUUUUGCUUUGAUAAUUGUCAAAUGCAAUUUAUGAGUCUAUGUGCUGAGGCUGUUCCUCAGUGCAAAUGUACAUAUGUA